AUGCAUUUUAUGAAUGCCAUUGUAAGAUUAAGUGGAAGCAGUGCUAGAAGAUUACUGUCUACGAAAUCGAGACAGAUUAAAGUUCGGUUUGUAACGAACGAUGGCAUUCAUGAGGCAUUAGGCAAAGAAGGCGACUCACUGCUUGAUGUUGUUAUCAACGCCGAUGUGCCGCUUGAUGGUUAUGGGGCUUGCGAAGGCACUCUUGCAUGUUGCACAUGUCACGUUAUUCUCGAGCAAAGACAUUUCGAUAGAAUCACACCAGCAGUAGAAGAAGAGCACGAUUUGCUCGACUUGGCACCAGAAUUAUCAGAAACAUCGCGACUUGGCUGCCAGGUCUUCUUAAGUGAAGCUGAUGCUCCUGAAAUCAGUGUUCGAGUCCCUUCAAUCAUUGAUGAUGUGAGGUCACAUUAA